AUGUCUGCGCCGACCGCUUUGAAGAAGGCAGAGGAUGCCCCGCCCGCCGUGGACGUUGCGCUCCCAGUCGAAGACAACGACGAUGAAUUUCUUUUAGAUGCGCCUGACGCUCUUCCUACGGAUGCGAAUGUUCUUGUGCCUGUGGAGGAGAGUAAUGAGAAUGGAAUGGCUAUCGAUGAGGAAGGACGACCUCGAUUUGCGCCUGCCAGAGAUAUCGACCCUGUUACCCGCGUGGAAACUCGCAAGAUCCCUAUUCCUCCUCACCGAAUGACACCUUUAAAACAGUCAUGGACUUCCAUCUACCCUCCUCUGGUCGAGCACCUCAAGCUACAAUGUCGAAUGAACAUCAAGCGAAAGACAGUCGAGCUGCGAUCAUCGAAGCACACCACUGAUACUGGAGCACUGCAAAAAGGAGAAGACUUCGUUAAGGCCUUCACUCUCGGGUUCGACGUGGACGAUGCCAUCGCGCUGCUGCGACUCGACGACCUCUACAUCCAAACUUUUGAAAUCAAGGAUGUGCGAACAAUGCACGGCGACAGCCAGGCCCGUGCUAUUGGACGAAUUGCUGGAAAGGAUGGAAAGACCAAGUUUGCUAUCGAGAACGCCAGUAGAACCCGAAUCGUGCUUGCUGAUUCAAAGAUUCACAUCCUGGGUGGAUUCAAGAACAUCCACCUUGCCCGGGAGUCGGUUGUGAGCCUGAUUCUCGGUAAGCCGCCUGGCAAGGUAUACGGCAACCUCCGAACGGUCGCGGCACGAAUGAAGGAGCGCUUCUAA